AACAAAACUAACGAUUUUCUUAACCUAACCUAACACUAACCUAACUUGAUUUUUUUGUUGUUCUUUCGGUAAAUUCGGUAAAUUUAUAAUUUAAUUUAUUUUUUAAAAUGGAUAAGAGUUUUCAAAGUCCAAUUUCUGUAAAAAGUCCGUUUUCUCCUAGAUCUCGUCAGAACUUUAAUUCCAAGAGAAUUUUACCAGCAAGUUUUAGAAAAUCAUCGAGAUUAAGUGUAUCAGGAAAAUCUACACAAUCCGUACAAAUAGUAUUGAAAUCUACACAUAAUUAUGUUGAACGUUUUGGUCAAUCUUUACCAGUUUUAAUUACAGAAGCUCUGACAUUUGCAGAUAGAAAUACAGUCGUUUCCGCUAGAAUAGCUGAAUGUGGAUAUGCUUGGGUCGUUUGUGGAAGAAGAUUGCUUAUUUGGCAAUAUAGGCAUAUUAUAUCUGCUCCUGGAACUCCCCAAAGAAAGCAUGGUAACCUAAAUCAGUGUUUUGAAUUACUGCUACCACAGAGUGAUUUAGCUCAUAGGGCUGAAUUAGUAUCUGUAUUUAUCAGCACAGGUUCAAAUAUCCCGUCAUGUAUUGCUGUUUCACCAGAAGGAGUACUCAGGUAUUGGCCUGCUAUAGCCCAUGAAGGUGUAACUGUAGAGCAGAGUGUUGAUCUUCAAGGUCAAGAAUGUGAUAGUCUAACUAAUAUUGAAGGUUUAGGAUGUGUAUUAGCUACAACUACUUGUACCGUAGUUUUAGUUCAACCUCAGUUAAACAGUGGUAGGCAUUUGUUACAAUGUAAACCACUUAAAACACCCAGUGGAUGGUUAGGUGGAAUCAGUAAAAGGAUGUCUUCUUUGAUAUUUGGCCCAAUAUCCAGUGAACAGUCUAAUGAAACUAGACUUGUUAGGGUCUUAAGCACACCAGGUAAAGAUGGAUAUUGGAUAGUUUAUGUACUGGCUGGCCACUCUCUUCAGAAAUGGAUUUUAUCAAGUUUUGAAAGUGAACAAUUAGUUUUUAUAUCUGACUUGACCAGGAUAGUAAAAGAAAAAUUUCAUAGCUUAGUGUGGAGUGUGAGCGAUUUGUCUGAAACAAAUGCUUGGUUAUUUGACAUUCAGAAUAUAGAUACUUGGUUAUUAGAUAUCCAGUCUGACAAAGAUAAUUUAAUAAUUUUAGCAGCUGCAAUGAAUACACAGGUAUCACCCAAGGUCCACUAUGCAAUGAUAUCUUUUUCUACACAAGGUGCUACACCAUUCAUUAAAGAUUUUGUGUUAUUACCCAUGUCAGGAUUGUAUAGAGAAGAGAAUAUUGCUGAGUCAUUAUCUUACAGAUUUUUGAUAUGUGGAACUAGUGCAUAUCUUUACAAUGCAAAGACUAUUACUGUAGUUAAACCGCAAGAAGAACCAGAUGUUCUGGAAUUUACUUCCUCACAAGAUGUUUUAUUAGGUGGAUCUGUUUGUAUCAAUGCUCCAGUGUUCUUUUCUAGAAUAAAUGGGCUUAUAGCUGUUUGCAGCAAUGAUCAAAUUUCUGAUUUUAUGAACCAAAGCAUGACGCCUAACACGCCAGUUGAAACCUCUUUUAAUGAAAAUCUUGGCAUAAAUAACCUUACCGUUUACAACAUUGAUCCAGAAGAAAUAUAUAAUGCAUAUAAAGACCCAAUUGGCCAGUUGAAAGCUGCAUUUAUUUUUCACAUUAGAAAUCAACAGUCAGCUUAUCAAGAUAUUCUUAAUGAACUGUUUCCAACUGAUAGUUAUUCGUCUCCUAGCAUUAACAGUGCUCUGGACAAAGUAGUACUGCAUAUGUGCAAAGACUUAUUAGACGAUAUUCCUGCGGGUGAUCCCCGAUGGACUAAAGAUGCACCUCCAGGCAUUGGUAGCUCUCAUUCCAUGCAAGUACUACACCAGUUAGAAGAUAAACAAAAAGCCAUGUCUUUGUAUUUGAAGUUUUUGAAAGAAUCGGGAUUGUGGAAUAAACUUUCGGGUUGUAUUUUUAGGAAUACAUCCAUGGCGACUGUUUAUGCGUUAGGAGAAUUUUUGGAAAAAAAUACAGCCGCUAUAAUACUUAAAAGUCUACCAAAUAAUCUUUUAUUGGAAAAUGCCAUUGAGAAGGCCAUAGUGAAUUUUGAAAGUGAACCCGCUAACGGUCUUACAAACCAAGAUGUUUUUUAUAGAGAAGUUAGCAAAGUUCAUACUGCAAUUCAAGAAUUGGCUAACUGUUGUGAGGAUGCAGCUCAUUCUGAUUUAAGCCCUGCCCAAGUUGCCCAAAAUGUGCAUGACACUAAUGAAAUUAUACUGACUGUAUUAAAUGAAGUAAUCCAAUAUCGAAAUCAAAAUGCCAAUAACUUUUUGCCUUCAGAAUCAACUAAAUCCCUUGAUAUUGAAUAUUUACCUUGGACAGUUGCGAAUGGAGAAGAAGGUGUUGCGGAUGCAUUGUUGCAACAGCACAUAUUGACUUAUAAUUAUGGAUUGAAACUGGUUGGUCAAGGGCAAUUAAGAAAUUCACUACUGGACCAUUUUGUGGCUUUAACAGAUCUCUUAUUAGAUGGAAGAAAAAGUCACAUUGAAAGCAUACAAAAUUCAGCAAGAGAGAAUAUUCUGUAUCGGCAAUAUUACACUGACAGGCAUAAGUUUAUCAAACCAUUAUUGAAUGAAAAGGAAUACGAAAGAGCAAUUCUGCUAGCUGAAAAAUAUUUAGAUUUUGAAACUUUGGUAAUAGUUUGUGAAAAAACUGACAAUCAGGCUCGCUUAGAUGAAUACAUGGAUCGUUUUAGCAAUAACGGCUUUUCGGAAUAUGUUUAUAAUUGGUUUAUAAAAGAAAAUAAACAAGGAAAGCUAAUAGACAAGUACAGGAAGGUGGGCAAGACUAAACAUUUACAAAAACUAUCCAACUUUUUGUCAGAUCAUCCAUCACUAUAUUGGAUGCAACAGAUAUUUGAUCAUAAGUUUACAUUAGCAGCAUCAACAUUAUAUAAUCUUUCUGUUGCUGAAAAAGAAUCACUCACAAGACAAAAAACAAUUUUGAGUCUUAGUAAACUCGCCAAACUUGCCGGACCGACUACAAGUGAUACUCAUAUAUAUGUGGACAAUGUUAACUCCCGCUUAGAACUUAUUAAUUACCAAGAAGAGUUGCCAGAUUAUGUAUUACAACAGUUUGGUUAUGAUACCAUUAAACCUUGCGUUAUAGAACCAAAAGAUUUAAUUAACUUAUUUAUAUGCAAGGAAUAUGUAGAUGCAACAGAAUUAGAAUUUAAGAAAGCACUGGAUAUUUUGAAUUUUGUUCAAGAUGAAGAAGUAAGAGAUGAAUUACAUCUUAAGAUUUGGAGGGAGGCAAUAGUUAGAGAUUCUUGGAACUUUCGUAAUUUGGAUUCGCCGAUGGAAGUAUUAAAUACAACACUAUUUUAUAAGAUUAUUGAUUUACUUUUGGAUUUAGGUGGUAAUCCUCAGAUGCUACUUCCUCCGAUGAAUAUAUUGUUGGAAGGUCCAGAAUUACGACAGCUACUAGAUAAUGCCAAUUUCCAAUUCUUAAUUAAGGCUGCCUAUGAAUAUAUAAGUCGCACUCAAAUGAUG